AAGCAGGUACCUAUGAUACGAUACCUAGGUACCAUAUCUCGUAACUUUACGAUACGAGAAACUAGAAAGAACAGCAGCACACGCCCCGUACUCUUCUCCCCUGUGUUGACUUGACUAUUUCAUUAAAAUUUAUGGCUACUAUUAUAUAUUAAAAUUUUCUUAUUUAAAAGUGACAUUUGAUAGUGAUAUAAUGACAUAUUAAAAAUUGUAUAAAUCACAAAAAACGUAAAUUUGCCUUCGAUUGACCGGUGUUUUAAUUAACAAGCGAAAUAAUGAAUGACAAUGGUUGCAUACACCUGAAUAAUUUUAAGGCUGCCAAAGGAAUACAUCCGUAUAAAAUUGUCCAUGCAUUUUUCGUAUCAUGCACAUCUUACGAAGCCAGGAGAUACAAGGCUACAUCUUGCUUGUGCUUCACUUGUGGUCAACCAGGCCCUCGCAUGCACUCCUGUCUCCACUGCAUAUAUUUUGCCUGUUAUGCUGGACAUAUCCAAGACCAUUCCAAGUCUAAAAAACAUUUCCUGUAUGUAGAUCUGAGUUAUGGGAACAUUUUCUGUGCCCAAUGUCAAGAUUAUAUAUAUGAUAGAGAAUUGACUGAAAUUGCCAUGUCCCAUAGAUUAAAGGAAGCCAAAUCUUUGGGUAUCAGUGUGCCAUUCAUGCCUUGGUUACCCAAUAAUAAUGAAGCACUAGCUCUCAGGCGUCUCCGCAAACGUCGUCUCAUUAGCCCCCACACCACCAUUGGCCUGCGAGGAUUGCAGAACCUUGGUUCUACUUGCUUCAUGAAUUGUAUAGUGCAGACAUUAAUACAUACUCCACUACUGCGUGAUUAUUUUCUGGGAGAGAAGCAUAAAUGCAAAGCGCAGAGUUCCGGGAAGUGCCUAGUUUGUGAAGUUUCGAAGUUAUUUCAGGAAUUCUAUUCUGGGGCAAAAACUCCACUUACGUUACAUCGAUUGCUGCACCUAAUCUGGACUCACGCCCGUCACCUGGCCGGAUAUGAACAGCAGGACGCUCACGAGUUCUUCAUCGCAACACUUGAUGUUCUCCAUAGACACUGUAUGAAUGGAGUGGAAGACACGGAAAAGAAAGAGAAUGGCCGUUGCAACUGUAUCAUCGAUCAAAUAUUCACAGGCGGGCUACAAAGCGAUGUUGUAUGCACGUCAUGUUCAGGUGUCUCCACAACCAUAGAUCCAUUCUGGGACAUCAGUUUAGACGUGGCCGGGCCCGGUUCGCUACAAGCCUGCUUGGAACGUUUCACGCGAGCUGAACACCUCGGAUCCGCAGCAAAAAUCAAGUGCUCUAAUUGCCGAGUGUACCGUGAGUCCACGAAGCAACUAACCCUAGAAACUCUCCCGAUAGUCGCAAGUUUCCACCUGAAACGCUUCGAGCAUUCGUCGCAGAUUGAUAGGAAAAUAUCCGCGUUCGUAUCAUUCCCCGCGGAAUUAGAUAUGACGCCUUUUAUGUCGUCCCACCGUCGCGCUGUGGAUGUCGGUGCGACAGACAAUAAUAACGCACCAGAGGGCGUUUUUGAAGAUAACCGUUACUCCUUGUUUGCUGUCGUUAACCAUUUGGGCUCAUUGGACGCUGGCCACUAUACGGCUUACGUGCGACAAAUGAAGGGCAGCUGGUUCAAAUGCGACGACCACAUGAUAACUAGGGCUUCGCUCCGUGAGGUUCUAGAUAGUGAAGGAUACCUUCUAUUUUAUCACAAGACUGUCCUGGAGUACGAAUGUGAUGUAUCUUAGGGCGACAUCUGUCUAUCUAUCUGGCAUUUAUCUAAAAAAAAAAUGUAUUCAUAUUACCAUAUAUUCUGAUGUUUACGUAUCAGAUGUUUUGAUUUGCUUAUGAAUAGGUAGUUAUUGAAAAGGCAUACUUUUGGAUGUGUUGAAUUGAAUCAAAAGAAAAGUCAUGUUCCCUCUCGUGAUAUUAGUGCUUAGAUGUUUGAAGGAAAUCUUAAUGAUUGUCUAUUUUGAUGUUUUCUGCGGAAUUAUUCACGAAUUUGUUAGUCUUAAGCUUUAAUGUAAUUAUGACGUACGGUGUUAGUCGUAAAGGGUAUACGAGUCGAAAGUCAGGGAUAGUAUACAUGAAACUGGCUGAUUUUCUCAAUAACUCCAUAAAUAACAUAGUCCAAAUCCUACAAUUUCUAUAUUUGAUUUUUAAAAUUCUUAGUGUAGUUGAGUUAGUAACAUUCUACUCAAUUACAUUCAAAUAAUUGAAGGAAUUUAAAUAAACUUUGACAUGUUUCUACUAGAAUAUAAUUAGGAUACUUUUAUCUCACUCAUUCAGAAUUUAUAUUAAGCCUGAAAAUAAUUUUUGAAAAUUUACUAAAUCGUAAACGUAAUCGCGCAAUUUGUAUGUUUGAUUCAAAAACUAUUUUCGCGCUCCGACUAUGCUCCUUGGGGAUGUUUUCAGUUUUAUCGAUAUUAUUACUGGCUUUCGGAUUGAUAUACCCUUUAAAAUUAAUCCUGUUUAGACAUUCUCUAUAAUUAAAUAUAAAACAGUGUUUAAACAACUUAUUGACAUAUACUACAAUAUUUCAUCAAUCUUAUUAUUUUUAAUGAUACAAUUUUUUUUUUAAACUAUAGUAUAAGGUAUAUUUCACAAUGAUAUCAUUCUAUUGCUUAUAUUGAAUUUCAAAUAAUUAUUCAAUAUAAAUAUCAAUAAUUUUUUAUUAUUUUAUUUAAUUAUUUCAUUGCUAUACAUUUUUAUUGCUGUAUGUGUGAAAUAGUGUUAUGUGUUCGUAUAGUUACUUAUAUUGGUUAUCAGAACAAACAUUUCAAUCUACCUCGCUACAACUCUUAUAUGCAUUUCAAUGAAGCCUAUUUUGGAAAGAAUGUCUGAUUUUUUUUUAUUGUGAAUACAGCUUGUAAAAUACACUUGAUUGUACCGUUAAAUACACAUGAGCAUAAUGUAACUUGUCUGCGGAAUAGGGUAAUGCUAUUCUAUUAGUUCAUCAGAUGUUAAUACUGAUCGAGUAUAAAAUAUUUCAGGUGCUGUAUUUGUUUAUUGUUAUUUUAGUGGACCAUAACAUAAUUUUAUGUAAUAAGAUGGCUUCCUAUUUGUCGGCGGGGUAUUACUUUAUUUAACUUUGUAUUAAUAAAUUGAUAUAUAAAUCUUAUUACUGGUUUGUGGUAGUUUAUUGAAUAACAAGUGACACUUUGGUCGACCUCAGAACUUAUGUAUGUUGUAUCAAUAUAAAACAUACUUGAUAUAUGUAAAUUUCUUAAGUUAGGCCUUCACGAGCAUAAUUGUGCAAAUCGUAUCCAAUUUGGAGCAGUAGUUUUUGUAUGACGCUGGAACGGAAACAUACAGACAGGCAGACAAAAUUUCAGAAAAUUAUUGUUUUUUGGUACCUAUUGGUCUUAUUACCAAUAAUACCCCUCGUAUUAUUUAGUUCUUGAAUAUCUGCCAUAUACAGGCAUCAUUUAGUUACAGUUUUAUUAUAAUUUUACAACUUUAAUAUUGCAAUGGUAAAUUUACCUUUGUGGAUAUAUAUUAUUUAUUAUUGUUUAUAAAUAUUAUUUUUGAUUGGAUAUUUUCUUUUUUUUAAUUAAUAUUAUGUUAUAAUUAUCUCAUGUGUAUCUAACAUAGAUGGGUUUAAGUAGAUUGUAACCUUAUAUGACUGACAUUAGCUUAAUGUGAUAUUUAAUAUUUAUGACUUGUAUUAAAAUGUAGUUAGUUGUAUGGAUUUAUAUCUGGAUGUAGUAUAAUUUUAUUGAUUGAAUGCUUAAAUUUAGAUACUAGCAAAGAGUGAACAUUAUGGUUACUAUAUUUAUUUGUCUAUUCAUUGUUUCGAAUAUAUCCCUAGUACUUUAGGUAUUCUGGGAAUGGAAAGGAGUAGGGACACGGGUAACAAUAUACUUUGUUUUCUAUAGUAUAUUCUUGGUUGUCUCCACUCUUUUUCAUUGGCCUAAAAACAUGAAAGUCUGGUUGACGUUUUUAUUAAUUGGCCUUAAGGUUAGCGCUGAUUGAUAGCAUAGCGACGAAAUAACUAAUUCGUUAUGAAUGCUCUGUUAGUCUGCGUUUACCCUUAGGAUAAUUGCAACGUGGAUUUUAUUUUUAAGGAAAUAGGUUACGGAUUAGCUUUAAAAUCAGCAAGUCACAACAUUGUUUACUUUAUCGUGGAGCUAAAAUUUUGUAUUUAAUAAUUUCGAACAAAUUUAUCACUAUUUGCUAGUGUCUAUUAUAUUACAAAUUAUGUUGCAUUUAAUAAUUUAGUAAUUCGGAUCCGAGCCUAAUUAAAUAUCUGAACUAUUAGUCCAUACUAUGAUGAAAAUGUGAUAGAGAAACGAUUUCGCUAUUAUCUAUAAAUUAAUACAAUUUUUCGUGCAUUGUUAACUGUAUCUCUAUAUUGUUGGCAAUUUGCUUUAUUAUCCGCACCUCCAAUGAAUUGUGAUGUCGCUUCUGGUUAAUAUUAAUAUAUCGUCAUAGUCGUAGAAUACUGACGGAUCUGACAAAGAUUACAUAUAAAGAUCCGUCUGUGUUCUACGACUAUGACGAUACGUUGACUCUUAUAUACAGAAUGUCGAAUCUCGAUCAAUUGUACAUUAUAAAUUGAUAACGCUUUUAUGCGUCGUUUAAACAGCUCAGAAUCGAGACUUCCGGGCUGUCAAGCUUCAGUAUCCACUCGAGAACCAGCCAUCUGUUACCCGUGUUUGUUAGGACAGAGAAAUGGGUAUCAUUAUGUUCCACCAGUAUUGUCUGCAUGCAUCUUAAGAGUCCUUGUUUUAUUUAUACAGAUCAAUGGAAAAUUGAAACUGGUUGUGCAGAAAACAACCAUAUGUAUAUUAUGGACAUCUCAAGUAAUAUAGCUGUUUUCUACUAUGUACUAUAACUAUUCGAAUAUCCGUGUUUUUCUAUACAUUGUAUACGUAUAAAAGCACGGAUUACAUUGGAUAUAAUUUUAUAUAAGAUAUAAUUUUCUUUCGCCAAAAGAACGUAACUAGAUGUUUACAAAAUAUAUCAAUUGAAAAAUAAAUUAUACAAAAUAAUUAUGAUUAUACGGAAGUAUAUGAGAUGAUAGAUGGGGGAGAUGUUGGAUAUGUACUUACAUACUCAUCCGGUGGCUUCACUGUAUCUUUCAUUAGAGAUGUUGAGAACAAUGUGAAUUCUUAAUAUACGACAUCACAGAGGUACGGUUGGCAAAGCAGUCAAUUUUAAUUUCUGAAUACUUUUAAUCAAAAUGUAAAAAAAUAAAUGUGUAUACUAUCCUUCAUAAUUAUAUAGGUAUAUAGAAUUUAAAAUGGUGUUUAAAAUUUAAAUACAUGUAAUAAAAAAAAUAUAAAACAGGUAAUGUAUGAAAAAAAUAUAAAAAAAAAAAUUGUAAAUUAUCCCGUUGUUGUUGUUUAAAUUUGAUAAUCAUGAUAUUGUUAUUUAAUAACAAUCUUAUCAAUUAAAUGAAGAAAGAAAUGAAUACUUACUAAUGUGAGACUGAUAGAUCUGGUUGAAUGGAAAAAUCUUUUGGUUUCAUUUUAUUAAAUUUUAAUAUAUUUUAGUAAAGAAAAUCAUGGAUUUUUAAGAAAAUUGAUUUAUUAACUUUACAGUACGAAAUUUUGUUCUACCAAUGAACAUGAAUAUUUUUUUAAACCAAACGAAACAUGAUCCUAAAAAUGUCAAAUAUAAAGACUUCUAUAUGUUCUAUUCUACUAGUUUGGCAGCAGGAUAUCCUGUUUGUGAAUGAAUUUAAUUUUUUUAUCGUUUUCGAUUGAAAAAAAAGUGUUUAGUUUCACUUAUAUGACACUGACAUACAGGGAUGCUAGGAAUUUCUUUUUAAUUUCAGUGUGUAUAGAUUUCUAAAGCUCAUGUAAUUUCUUAGAAAACAUUACUUGUGUUGCCAACUUCGAACAAGAGUGAUCUUAGUAUAAAAGUGAUAAUAUUUGUUUGUGCUGACGGCCAAGUUGUAAACACGUAACGUAGAUGUGAAAUUAUUAAAUGAUUCUUUUCAUUUAAGAGUUUCCUCUCGUCGGUGCAACUUAUUCCUUCAUCUUCUUCCAGCCAACUCUAUACUAGACCAUAUCCUUAACCUCCUAUAAUACGACAUGACACUUAGUGUUUCCUUUAUCUGUCUCAUGUAGUUAUUGGUCUUCCCCUUUCUCCUUUAAAAAUCGUCAUUUCCUAUAAGGUGGCCCAGCAUUUUACCUCUUCUAUUCUUUAUUGUUUUUAUUAAUGUUAUUUUCUCAUUCACCUUUUUCAAGAUUUGCGCAUUCGUUACUUUUUCUGUUCAACUUAUCCUUUCCAUUCUACUCCAUGUCCACAUUCGGUAUGCUUCAAUGUUUCACACCUAUAUAAGGCUAUGCUCCAAAAAUAUUUUUUUAUAAAUUUCUUACGGAUUAUUUUUUAUGUAAAUGUUUUUUGUUAUCUUAGGCCUGUUUUCUGACCUUUAUUCUAGUUCAAUGUUCACUUAACGUUCUGUAUGAUUAUACCACCUAAGUAUUUAAUGUUCUUAAUUGAAUUAUUAAUUGGGACAUUUUUUCAACAAACUCGAAACAUUACAUCAAAAAAAAAAAAAUUAACCAAUUCUAUUU